UUUCGUGACGUCGUGUUUAUUGUGAAACUGUAGCUGAAAUAUCACAAGCCGAUGGUCUUUAACCGUAAGCCAGGAAGGGACUGGUUUCAGUUACGCACAAUUAAUUCGGCAGGCUACUGCCAUCGCCGAUUACUCUGUAAAAGCUGUUUUACAGUGGAUACAUAUUCUGUACGUGGCCGUGCCCGGCGUGUAUUUCGCAGCUUCGGUCCCUUCAGCGUGUUAGAGCACCUUCGCGCAUGCGCGGCGAGCGGCGCGCGCCGUCGCGCAAGCGCUCUCCAUUGUUUUGACCGAAGAUGCCGUCGGUUUCGAAAACGGCGGCGAGCGCUUCUCCUCAGACCGAGAAACCGACCCACUAUACUUAUUUAAAGGAGUUCAGGACGGAGCAAUGUCCCCUGUUUUUGCAACACAAGUGCACUCAGCAUAGACCCUUCACGUGUUUCCACUGGCAUUUUCUGAACCAGCGGAGAAGACGCCCGAUUCGGAGGAGGGAUGGGACCUUUAACUACAGCCCAGACGUGUAUUGUACAAAGUACGACGAAACUACAGGCACGUGUCCAGAUGGCGACGAGUGUCCCUACCUACACCGAACAACUGGCGAUACAGAGAGGAAAUACCAUCUGCGCUACUACAAGACCGGCACAUGUAUCCAUGAGACGGACGCUAGGGGGCACUGUGUGAAGAACGGCCUGCACUGCGCCUUUGCUCAUGGCCCACAUGACCUGCGCCCCCCGGUGUAUGACAUCCGAGAGAUCCAGGCACAGGAAGCACUACAGAACGGACAACUGGGUACCGGGGAGGGUAUCCCUGACUUGCAGCCUGGGGUACUGGCCAGCCAAGCUAUGAUUGAAAAGAUGCUAACUGAGGACCCCCGCUGGCAAGACACCAACUUUGUCUUAGCAAACUACAAAACUGAGCAGUGCACCAAGCCCCCUCGCCUGUGCCGACAGGGCUAUGCCUGUCCCCAUUACCACAACAGCCGGGACCGUCGGCGCAAUCCACGCAAGUUCAAGUACAGGUCUACGCCAUGUCCAAACGUGAAACACGGGGAUGAGUGGGGGGAGCCAUCCAAGUGUGAGAGCGGAGACGGCUGCCCGUGCUGCCAUUCCCGCACCGAGCAGCAGUUCCACCCCGAGAUUUACAAAUCCACAAAGUGCAAUGACAUGAGGCAAACUGGUUAUUGUCCCAGGGGGCCGUUCUGUGCUUUUGCACAUGUGGAAAGAAUUCCCUCCACGGAGGAGACGAUGACAUCAUUACUCACGGUGAUGCAGUCGGGGUCCCAGGCCAAGGCCGACUCCCAGCCGUACUCCGAGGGUCCCGUCAGCGAGUGGGGAACCGCAGUUAACACGGCCACCAGCACGUCGAGCAGCAGCAGCCAACCAGGCAACAUUUCGUGCUCCAACAGUCCGUCCGUAACGUCAAGCUCAGGCAGUACCAGCUCGCUCUCUCCCAUUGGAGCCAUCAGCAGGCCUAAAUGCUUCACCAAUGGCAGCUUGUGUUCAGAGUCCACCGCGUCCAGCGUGUCGUCGCCAACGUCCAGCUAUCCCAAAGCUCCUGGAUUCGAACGCGAGGAUCAGACGAAAAAUAUGAAAGGUUACCCCAUGGAUAGCAACCCGAAACUAAUGGAGCAGGACAAAACCCUCUCGGGUGUCUUCUCGGUGGCGAACCCCCUGGCCUCUAGCAUAACAUCCAGCAUUACCUCCAGCCUGGCGUCCAGCAUCGGCUCGGACAGCUCGUCACCCACCACGCUAUCGACCAUGAACGCCAAGGCGGCUCCCUUCUACCCGGGCAGUAACACCGUGGAAUCGGUCAUAGGUUCUGCCCUGGACCUCAAUUUUAGCGACAUUAAUGUUGCAUCACUUGAUAAGGAAUUAGAGGAACAAGAAAACAAUGGGCUUGGAUUGACAAAUCAGAGGUUGCUCGGCGGCUCAGCACCCGUCAACAUCCCCGGCUCUCUGGCUCGCUCAUCCUCCUUGCACUCUUCCUCCUCGCUCUCCGCCUCCCCGCUCAGCUCGCUCUCCCAGUCCCUCUCCCAGUCGCUUCUGCCGGGAGUGGCCUCCCAGCAAGGCCAGACGCAGGUCCUGUCCAGCGCGGUGGAGCACAGUCUCUUGGGGACCUCCACCUCUUCCCAGAAUUCCCUCGGUCUGAACGGCGGACCUGGAAGCAUAUGGGAUUUCGUGAGUGGUAGUUUCUCGCCCAGCCCGUCACCGGUGUUCAGCAGCAUCUCCUCCAGCACGGUGAGCACAGGCAGUGCCGACCUGCCUCGCCUCUUUAGGGAGCUGGAUGAGGCGAAGAGGAAGAUUAAGCACUGGGAGGAGGCCUGGCAGCAGGUCCGACAGGCCUGUGACGCCUGGCAGAAAGACGCCCAGGAAGCCAAGGAGCAAGCCAAAUCGGCCGAGGCCGAGCGGCAGCUGGCCGUCAAGAAGCAGGAGGACGCCGAGCGCAGGCUCAAGGAGCUACAGGAAGACUUUGAUGCACUGUGCCGCUCUCCAAACAUGCCGCUGCUCCGUGGCUACGGCGAGCUGGACCGCCUUCCGCUAGCAAAGCUGCAGUCCCUGCAGAGCCGACUGCGCUCAGACCUAGACGUUGUAGAUGGGGUAAUAUAUCAGCUUCAGUCAAAGAAAUGUAUAGUUUGCCAAAAGCAUGACCGCUGCGUAGUGCUGCAGCCCUGUCAACAUUAUGUACUUUGUGAGAACUGUGCACCUAGCAAAACAGAAUGUCCAUAUUGUAAGGCGAAGAUACUGAAGUGGUGAUGUAGAACUAUUCAAGGUACUGUCUCUGUGUAUAAUCCUUUGGAGAGCUACUAAUGCAUAUAUCAAUGAAAAACAGCAUUUCUGUCCUUUCAGUAUUCAUAAUACGAUUCAGUUGAUAGUUCUAUUAGAAAAUAGUGUUGUUUGACUUAUACUUGGGGUGUAACUGUAGGAAUAUUUUUCUUGAUUGGUCUCUUGGCUGUUUCAAAAGGAAUCCACUUUUUGGUCAGUGUCGAUUUGAAAUGGUUCCUUGAUAGCCACGGCGACUGUUCAUUAUUAAGACUAAAAGUAUCAGUCAAACAGCAACUGAUAUUAGUUUUCUGAAGAGGAUUCACCUUUUGUAAAAGCACUUUGACUUGGGAAUUUUACUUUAGAAUAUUGCUUUAAGCUGCUUUUGUAGUUUUUUUUUUAUUUCUGUUUUUUGAUUUAUAUGUUUUUCUAUAUAUGGUAAUGUAUGAAGCUUAUGUUUGUGUACUGUGAAACCAUAGAAUGUUUCUUUUUACUUAACCUUAAAUCAUGGGGUAUAGUUAGUAGAUUGCUAGUUUAAUAUAUAAAAUAUACUAAAUAGCUAUUAAUAGUAUUGUUGAAUUACUUAGGAUUUUUACAUUUUUCCAAUCAAGAAGUGCAAACUUUUUAAUGCGUUUAUGCAUAGCCAGCAGUUACGAUAUCAAUAAGGCACAUAACACAUGCUGAAGCAUUUAGCAAGUCGAUUGCCAUGUUUUUGUGGUCGAUUAAUUGUUAGUUCUUUGAGUAGCCAGCACCACACAGCAGUGCUGGGCUACGCUGUGACUGUGUCACUUUGGGGAGGCCCAGUGCGUAGGUAUCAGCCACACGUUCCCAAGUGCCUUGCCUCAGGAAAUAGGAAAAUAUUACGCAUCUGAAAGAAAUUUAAGAUUGUAGUAAAAAUGGUUACACAUAGUCUAAAGCUUGUGCAACUCUGCAGAUUAUUUGUAGUCAUACUUUCUUUGCAAAUUAUAUUUAUUUGAUAGUUUAUACCAGCUCAGUUCAUCGUUUGAGUUUUCUGAGAGAUGUUGGCUGUGUGACGGUGACUCUUACAUUGCCACCUGUGCCCUGACAUCAGAUGUAAACUGUCCCCACAUAUCUCCAUGGGUAAUGGUGCUUUUUAAUGGUGAGUUUCUUUGGUGCAGCUUCAGUAUCCUUGCAUUUUACGUUCCCAACUUUGUAGGAGGCAGAUCAGGAAACAAAUUAGUGUACAUGUUUAAAAACACCUUUGUGUUAUUUUAAUGUUUAAGAGAAACAACGUGAGUCUGUAAUGCCUUUUGGAUGAAAUUGAUAGCAUCCAGUCUGUAAAUUGUGUUGUCAGAUAUGACAAAGUGUAACGUGUUUAGGUUAAAAUAAUCGAAAUGACCUACUACUGUGUUAACAAUGUAUUUGUGUUUAUGUUUUUCUUUUGGUUGACUUUGUAUCUUGGUCCUUUUAAUAUUUACAGCGAUGACUGAUUUCAGUAUAUAUAUGAUUUUUUUAAAAUGAUUGUUAAAGAUUACAUCACACAUGUUAUUCAUAAUUGAGUGAAGACUGAAAUUUAUGAAUCUCUUAAUUUCUCCAUAAACCAUACAGAAAAGAGCACAAGUACGGUGUAAUCGGCUUGCACAAUAGCAAAUACCUGAUUGGCUGGUUUUCUAAGCUCCGCCCUUCUCCACAAUUUAUUUGGAUACUUUUUAAAAUCCAUAAUGUUUGCAUUGAGAUUCUCAUGUCAGUUUAAAUGAGAAUAUCAUGGAUGCGCAGAAAAAAAGCACACAGGUCUCGUUGCAGGCACUUCAGCAGUAGUCUAAUUUAGUACUUCCAGUUACAUUGUUUCAUACUAACAAUGGUGUAAAUACACCAUAAAAUCAUACCCUUCAUAUCACAUAUAUAGAUUGAUCUAAUGGUAGAUUUAAUUUAAACCUAGCUUUAAUUUUAUAAAAGGAAAGUAAACUUUCCAGAGAGAAAGGUGAGAACAUAAAUCAGUAUUGAACUCAGUUAUAUUUUGAUAUCCAGUAAUAAUGAAAAUAUACACAAACUUUCUUUGAUCUGAAAUAACUUGUGCUCAGCCAAUAUUGUCAGGUGUGUAAUCUUUUCAUUUGGUAUCCUUAUGAUUCUGGUUAUUUAAUUAUAUCACAUAAUAGUAAAAAAAUUCCAGAUCGUUUUUUAAUCUUUAAUAAAAACCUAAUGCAUAAUGUGGAUUGAAAUGAACCAAAGUAUUGUAACUUAGUAAACAAUAUUAAAUUAUCUUAGUAAACCUUUAAAAGUAUAUAUAAAAAUAUUUAAAAUUUGCUUUCAGUCUGACACAUUAUGUCGUGUUUGAUUUGGAUGAAGGAGAAAAGCCUAGACCAACUGCUUUUGCUGACGAUAUUAAUGGACUUUUGUGAGCCCAUGUCAUAGGCGUACCAAAGACAUUUCCUUUUUAUGACAUUAGUGAUACAUAAUUACACUUUUCAACAUUCUGAGAACUGGUUGGAACCCUUACUAUAAGAACAAUGACCAAAUCCAGCACCUUGUUUAAUAACGUGCAUUUGUAAAUGCCAUAACAGUUGCAACUUUUUCUUUCUUGUUAAACAUAAGAUUGUGGUUUGUGCAUUAGCACUGAAUGCACAGACUUAAAGCAUCAUGUUUGGCCUGUUAACGAGAGAUGGAGAGAAUGUCAGUAUGAAUUUAAGUGGCCAUGUGGAAUAGUAUUUAAUAUCCAUUUGUAUUUCUUUCUUAAUUGCUAAACUCAUUUAAUGGCUUAGUUCUAAAUAUUACUCUUUCUUCACUAUUUAUAUGCAGUCAGGAAUUUGAAGCGUAAAAUUGGUUUGUAAGGUGCUUUAGUUCACUUGACUGGUAUCUGUUAGGUAUGUGUUCUUAAACACUGUAUAAAAUUUAGGUUAAUUUGUUGUUUAAUUGUCUGGAAAAUGUUGCAUGCAUUAAUGAUGUAGUGUUUCCCUUGUGAGAGGUCAGCGAUAGAAUGCAUCCUGUAAUGCAUAUUCAUGCAUUUUACAUGGAUGUGCUUUGACAAACUCUGUCACUGCAACCUCUGUUCAUUUUUGUCUAAACCACCUGCUGGAUAAUGCAGUUACACGUAAUGUUUUUUUUUUUCGUUUCUUUAAGAAAUGCUACUUAACCCCACACAUCAUGGCCACACUGCCACUUUUAUCCGUCUAAAAAAAACACACCUUGUACCCCUUUUACUGUGUGAAGCCAAAGAGCCUCAUGGCUCAAGGAAACAAAUCCAUAGUCAUUAAAAUGAAUCGAUUUUUAGGGAUGCACACAAUAUUCAAAUCAUCGUCGCUUCAUUUGAAAAGUGACAGCUUGCAAGUAUUUUGUACACUGGUGGUACGUUCUCCUGCUUCGAAUUGACUAACAUUAAGUUCUGUGAUUUGUUUGUUUGGAUAAGUUCAUAUGUAAUUCAUCUCUCCCAGAAACCGCUUUCAGUAAGACUCCUGAAGCCAAGGGUGAGCUUCUGUAGGGAGCCUAGGACGUCCUAUGUUACAUCAGUCACGAGAGAGAUGUUUCAUACUGUACUUUACAUUCAGAUGUUUUGUAAUAGUAUUAUGAUUGUUGAAUCAGAUUUUUAUGCAGACUUAUACAUGGAAAAAAAUAUGAAGCUGGUUGAAUUUUGUAGAAUUUCCCCAAAAUUUGCAGUAUUAGCAAACACUUUUAUAAAAAGCAAGAACAUAAAUCUGUUCCCAAGAAUACUCGCCGUGGGGCGGUGGCUAUCCUAAGGCGUUCUUACGUAAACCCUGAUAUUGAAUGUAUCGUUCCAAAAUUUGCAUAGGCUGUUGGGUUUAGUUAGGAAGCAGUUCUGCUGUUAACAUGUAGCACUUAAUAUUGUGAAUGGAUAUAUUAUAUGAAUAAAUUUGACAAAAAUGCAGUUUUCAGGUUUGUAUCUAUUAGUCUAAUGCUAAAUUGAGAGGAACAAAAAGGAUUUUCUCAGGGUUUUACGGUAAUAACUGUAGAAAAAAAAAAGUGAGCUGUUCCAUUCAUACAGACUUAAAGCUGCACUUCAUAGGUUUAUUGGCUUAGAAUUCAAAUACACAUUCUUUAUAAUACAUGUCCCAUAUUUUGGUAAAUAAGUAUUGCUAUAUGGAAUAACUCUUAUUCUGUUUAGUGUUUAAAUAUUCCUAUAAAUAUUAUUGUGAGUAUAUUAAUUUGUAACGUGUUGUUAACAGUAAGACCUUAAAUACAUAUGGAAAAAUACCUGUAUUUAAUUUAUGGAAGCAUUCACAUGGAAUAGCAGAGUGACUAGAACAGGCUGAUGAUUAGGGUUUCUUAGUGCUCUUUUGAAAAUAGGUAUUUAUAAUGCAUAAUCAUGUACUUGUAGUGUAAUGUUUAAAAUUGUUAACUCGUUCAAAUUUUUACACUAUAGCAUUUAUGCAAUGGUUUACAGAAUUCUUGGAAUUAUUUUUAUUAUCAUUAUGGGAAUUAAAAUAAUUUUUGAUCA